ACUUAACUCUGAGCCCUGAUCUCCCAAGUCAGCCCGUGACUCCUGAAAGACAAGACUCUCAUACGUGGAGAAUGCACAGAAACAGGGAGAAUCCACACUCAGAACCGAAUGCACAACAGGAAACCUACGCAAAGGAGAAUGCCUACAGGCGUCUGGAAUGUGGAAAGGCGUUUGGUCACAGCUCUGCACUCACCGAACACACACAGGAGAGACCUUACGGAUGUCAGGAAUGCGGAAAAGGCUUCCGAAACAGCUCGGCACUUACCAAACACCAGAGGAUCCACAGUGAGAAACUGUAUGAGUGCACGCAUUGCAGGAGGACCUUUAACCAAAUUGCCCCACUGAUCCAGCACCAGAGAACUCACACGGGCAAGAAGCCCUAUGAGUGCAGUGAAUGUGGGAAGUCCUUUAGUUUCAGGUCCUCCUUCAGCCAACACGAACGGACCCACACGGGCGAGAAGCCGUACGAGUGCAGUGAAUGUGGGAAGGCCUUCCGGCAAAGUAUCCACCUCACCCAGCACCUGCGGGUACACACCGGGGAGAAGCCUUAUGAGUGUCCUGAGUGCAAGGCAUUCAGUCACAGCUCAUCCUUGACCAAACACCAGAGAAUCCACACUGGAGAAAAGCCCUAUGAGUGUCGUGAGUGUGGAAAAGCCUUCACCCAGAUCACACCACUGAUUCAGCAUCAGAGGAUGCAUUCAGGAGAGAAGCCCUAUGAGUGCAACGAGUGUGGAAAAGCCUUCAGCCAGAGCACACUCCUGACUGAGCAUCGGAGGAUUCACACAGGGGAGAAGCCCUACGGGUGCAAGGAGUGUGGAAAAACUUUCAGCCACAGCUCGUCACUCAGCCAGCACGAGCAGACACACACUGGAGAGAAGCCCUAUGAGUGUAGUCAGUGCGGCAAGGCCUUCCGGCAGAGCACACACCUCAGUCAACAUCAGAGGAUCCACACGGGGGAGAAGCCCUAUGAGUGCAGUGACUGUGGCAGGGCCUUCUCAGCCAGCUCAUCCCUAACCAAACACCAGUGAAUCCACACCGGCGAGAAGCCCUAUGAGUGUGACGGGUGUGGCAGGGCCUUUAGCCAGCUUGCUCCACUCAUUCAGCAUCAGAGGAUCCACAUGGGGGAGAAGCCCUAUGAGUGUAAUGAGUGUGGCAGAAAUGAGUAUAGGCACCAGAGGACCCACACCAAAGAAAAACCCUACACGUGCAAUGAAUGUGGGAAGUCCUUCAGUCGGAGCUCAUCCCUCGGCCAGUACGAGCAGACACACACUGGUGAAAAGCCAUAUGAAUGUCCAGAUUGUGGGAAGUCCUUCAGGCUGAACACUCACCUCACUCAGCACCGGAGGAUCCACACAGGAGAAAAGCCAUACGAAUGUAAGGACUGUGGGAAGGCCUUCACACAGAACUCCUCCCUGACCAAGCACCAGAGAACUCAUACUGGCGAGAAGCCCUACGUGUGCAGCGAAUGUGGGAAAGCUUUCAGCAAGAGCGCACUCCUGAGGGAGCAUCAGAGGAUCCACACGGGGGAGAAGCCCUACGGGUGCAAGGAGUGUGGAAAAACUUUCACCCACAAUUCAUCACUCAGGCACCACAAGUGGACACAUACUGGAGAGAAGCCCUAUGAGUGCAGUCAUUGCGGCAAGGCCUUCCGGUAUAGCACACACCUCAGUCAACAUCAAAGGAUCCACACGGGGGAGAAGCCCUACAGCUGCAAGGAGUGUGGAAAAACCUUCACCCACAAUUCAUCACUCAGACACCACAAACGGACACACACUGGAGAGAAGCCCUAUGCGUGUAGUCAGUGCGGCAAGGCCUUCCGGCAUAGCACACACCUCAGUCAACAUCAGAGGAUCCACACGGGGGAGAAACCCUAUGAGUGCAGUGACUGUGGCAGGGCCUUCAGACACAGCUCAUCCCUAACCAAACACCAGCUGAUCCACACUGGGGAGAAGCCCUAUGAGUGUGACUGGUGUGGCAGGGCCUUCAGACAACUGUCUUCACUCAUUCAGCAUCAGAGGACCCACACGGGGGAGAAGCCCUAUGAGUGUAAUGAGUGUGGCAGAGCCUUCAGCCAGAGCUCCCUCCUCAUAGAGCACCAGAGGAUCCACACCAAAGAAAAACCCUACACGUGCAAUGAAUGUGGGAAGUCCUUCAGUCGGAGCUCAUCCCUCGGCCAGCACGAGAGGACACACACCGGGGAAAAGCCAUAUGAAUGUCCAGAUUGUGGGAAGUCCUUCAGGCUGAGCACUCACCUCACUCAGCACCGGAGGAUCCACACAGGAGAAAAGCCAUUUGAGUGCAGGGACUGUGGGAAGGCCUUCACACAGAACUCCUCCCUGACCAAGCACCAGAGAACUCAUACUGGGUAGAGGCCCUCUACAGGAGCUGGGCCAAUGGCUGAAGCCAUUGUUCAUCCCGUCCUCGACUUGAGCCCAUUUAUUCUCAUGAGCAACAGGACAUACCCGUGCCUUCACACACGCUACACUCCUCAGGUCAUUCUGUGCAUAGGGAAAUGAGAUGACCAACGUGGAGGACCUUCAGCCAUGAGCACCCACUAACAUUACAGAACCCCCAGAAGAGAGAAGUUGGAAACUGCAGUGAGUUUGGAUGUGAAUUGUGUCCGCAGAGUCACAAGAUUCCAAAACAGACGUUUCUAAUUGGUGAAAACCCAACAGGUGCCUUUCAUAUAUAAGAACCAAGGACAGUGAGACCUGAUCAUUAACUCACAUGACAUGUUUUGGGUUGGGGCGUGUUUAUGAGUGGUGCCAACUGACAGUCCUACUCUCUAAAAAUAACACGGCAGAGUGUUCCACACGCAGUGCAUCGCCACCGUCUCACAACAAAGUCUGGUCUGUGUAUAAAUCACUUCCCUGGUCCAAGAACCCAUCUUGUGUUUGAGUUUUCCCUGAAAUAUCAGUACCAAGUAGGGAACGAUCAAGCUCGGAAUGCUAGUGAUGGUGUCACAAUUCCCCUUGACUUCCUCUUCCCUGACUGCAUCUAUGCAUUGUUUCUUGCCCCAUCAGGACAAACCUAUAAUGCUUUUCCCCACCUUUACAAGACAAAACGAUAGCAAUAUUUUAAAAUCAAAUCAAAUUUUAUCUAAAAAAAAAAAAAAAAAAAAAGGUACAUGGCAACCAGUCUCACAGAUUUGAAUCCCAUGUGAAGUAUCAGUGUAUUUUAAACAUAAUUAAAUCACUUAUCUGCAUUAUUUUGCAAUAAAUUAAUCCUUUUCAGUA